AUGCUCGCAGGCUUCGGCUGGACGAUGCUGUACAGCGACGUGCUGCUGGUGCUGGCCUACAUUCCGCCGACAGCCUUCUGCAUCGUCUACAUAGCAGCCCUGUUCCAAGCCGAGCUGCCUUGGAACACUUGCGGAGGAGGAGAGCACGGCGUCGAAGAGCGUGGCUGCUACCACGUCAAGCACGGCACGUAUCCAUGCUCAAAGGUGAACGAGACCUUGGCUCGGCGAUACUUGGCGCGCAACUACAGCGGGGAGGCCGCCAUCGUCGUGAAUGGCAGCGGAGGCCAGGAGCCGGUGUCGGUGCCGCUCCGCGAAUACGAAGCCCUGCGAAACAGCUGCGUCAGCGGCACAGUGUCGGCGGCCAGAGCCUUCUACGAGCGUCACGUGGCGAACUUGGAUUUGGCAACCGAGGGCACCAGCGAUUCCGGUGUAAGCUUGCUCAUGGCCAUGAUCGUCGGCUGGAUUUUGGUGCUUCUCUCCAUCAGCAUGGGACUUCGCUCGAUCAAGAAGGCUUCGGCGUUGUUGCUGGGCGUGCGUCUGAUGCUGCUGACGCUGCUGUGCGUGGCCUCUUGCACGUUGAGUGGCGCCGGCGAAGGUCUGCGAGUGCUCCUGUGGCCACAGCUUUCCAAGGUCUACGCCGACAAGACUUGGAUCACGGCAUGCCAGCACAUGUUCUACAGUGUCGGCAUUUCCUUGGGCACGGUGACCUUCUUUGCGAGCCACAACCAGUUUGACUGGCCCAUCCUCAGCACCGCCUGGAAGAUCGCUAUUGCCGACUUCUUGUUCGGUCUGUUCACCAGCUGCGUCGCGUUCGGCAUCUACGGGCACCUGGCGAACACUUUCGCUGUGGAAGUCGUCGACAUGGCAACUCGAGGGCUGGACUACGUGUUCGUGUCCUUCCCGGAGAGCGCCGAGGCACUGACCUGGCCGCGAGUGUGGAUGUUCGCCUUCUACAUCAUGAUGGCCGCCACUACUAUCGGCCCUUGCGUGGGAAGCUUCGCCGGCGCCGUGGGCAGCUUGGCGGACCUGCACCCCGUGUUGGCUGAGAGUCGAACUCUGUGGGCCAUUGUCUCCUGCUCAAUUGCCUGUGCGUUCAGUCUUCCAUUGGCGAUGCGGAUCGCUGCUUCUGCACAGCUGCACUUCGCACUGGAAUCGGCGCAGAUCAUCGCAAGUGCAUACGUGAUCACCUGGCCACAAGCAAACUGCGUCCAGGAGGUGCUACCGUCAGCUGUUUUCCGGCGGCACUGCAGCAUCACGGGAUAG